CUUGUGCCUGUGAGUCGCUUCGGUUUGACGUGGCUGUCGAGCUUCCUCCGUUUACUAUUGCCAGGUAUAUUCCGACGCGGUCGCUGCAUUUCUGGGCUAUAUUAGUGGCGCGUCUGAUGCGCUUUCUGCUUUUUUAGCAGAGUCGGCCGGUAUCUUGGCCGAAAGUUGGGAGCCGUGCGUAAUAAUCAACGCGCUGCGUUGGAUUCACGACAUAAGCUGGUUUGCUUCUGUCUGGCGUUUCUAAGCGCUUUUGUGGGCUGCACAUGAAAUGUGUCUCUGGUUUCUGUUGGCAGUUAUCAAGCUGCGUUCUGCUGCCUCACUUGUGGCCUGGGAAGCUGCGUCGUCAUUUACGGGCGGCUCCAUCCCUGAAGCGGGCCGCUGCGCUGCUGCUGUUCUGUCUGGGUUUACCUCGGCAAGCGCACUGCUCGUCUGCAAUUGUUUGACUGUUAAAGUGUUUUUUAAAAGACCAAUCAUUGUGUGUGCGCGUGCCUGCUGCCUGGCACACCUGGGGUAAAUUCCCGAUAUUGGAGGGUAGGAUUGAAAGCUGCACCUGGCAGACCUCAUCAGCCAACCUGUUAACAUUUAGUUAUUCUUCUUUUGGUAUUAUUAUUAUUAGUAGUAGUAGUAGUAGUAUGAUGCAGAGGAUACAUCAGUAUGUUUUUAUCCUUGUUCCUGAGUUGUUUCCCAGUCUGUUUACACUGCUGGUCCUGCAGUUGAUAGAACACAGAUUAGAAAAUGGAUUAUUCCGUUGGUAUUUAUCUCUGAGCAUAUUUAGUCAGUAACAUUAAUUCCACUUUUAUUCGGCCCAAGAAAGAUAAGAUAUUUCUACGUCUCCUUCAUUACACUUCUUCAAUAUCACAUGUAUAUAAAUUAAGUUUAUAUACAAGUGUACAGCAGUCACAUUAGAAAUAAGUGCUUUAUUGAAGGUCACUGAGCAGGACAAUGCAUACAGUAACUUCCAGCAUUACCAGUUUUCUAGCAGCAUUCCUGUCUUGAAUCACCUGCAGUAGAAUUUUUAUAUUCUCUUUAUUCUCUUUUUCCAUGUCUGUUUUCUGUGCAAGUUGAUUUGUAUCAGUUUAAAGUGAAAUUGAAAAGAGCUGAAAGUCAACUAUUGAGCUGAAGUCUGUCCUCUGUGUUGGCUGAUGAACUUACAGGACAUUGACACUUGCAGAUAGAGUGGUAUCCUAAUUAAGAUGUGUUUGAUGUCACAGGUGAUUGGGAGGAGGAGAGUCUGACGGAGGAGCAGAGGAAUGUUGUCAGCAUUGUCUGAGCUCAACAACGGAGGAAAAAUGGAUUCUUCACAAAAAAAACAUGAAAACGGCAAUGAAGUGAGACAUCAGAAAUCUGAGGAGGAAACCAACGGUUCCCCAACAGCAUCAAACAGAGAUGAAUCGCUCGGUUGUGAACAAUGUGGCAAGACUUUUAUCACAGUAAUGAAGCUAAGAAUUCACCAGCGUAGUCACACUGUGGACAAACCGUUCAGCUGUGAUCAGUGUGGGAAGACUUUUACUCAGAAGGGUCAUUUGACAACCCAUCAACUCAUUCACAGUGGAGUUAGACCAUUCAUCUGUGAUCAGUGUGGGGAUGCUUUUACUAAUAAGUGCACUUUAACAACCCAUCAACUCAUUCACAGUGGAGUUAGACCAUUCAGUUGUGAUCAUUGUGGGAAGACUUUUACUCAAAAGUGUAAUUUAACAAGACAUCAACUCGUUCACAGUGGAGUUAGACCAUUCAGCUGCGAUCAGUGCGGGGAGACUUUUACUCAGAAGACCAAUCUAAGAACCCAUCAAGUCCUUCACAGUGGACUUAGACCAUUCAGCUGUGAUCAGUGUGGGAAAACAUUUACUUCCAAGGGUAAUUUAGCAUCCCAUCAAGUCAUUCACAGGGGAAUUAGACCAUUCAUCUGUGGUCAGUGUGGGAAGACAUUUACUUUUAAGGGUAAUUUAGCAAGCCAUCAACUCAUUCACAGUGGAGUUAGACCAUUCAUCUGUGGUCAGUGUGGGAAGGCUUUUAGUCUGAUAUCCAACCUAAGAACCCAUCAACUCAUUCACAGUGGAGUCAGAGCAUUCAGCUGUGAUCAGUGUGGGAGGGCUUUUACUACCAAGAGUUAUUUAACAAGACACCAAGUCGUCCACAGCGGAGGUGAACCCUUCAACUGUGAUCAGUGUGUGAAAGCCGUCACUGGACAUGAACAGUUAUUGAUCCAUCAAUGCCCCCAUUCUGGUAAAAAGCGGUACCACUGUGACUGCUGUGAAAAAACUUUCAAGCGUCCAGAGAGCCUAAAACGUCACAAACGCAUCCACACUGGACAAGAUGUGUACGUAUGUGAUUACUGUGGCAAAACAUUUGUGAACCUCUCACAGUUCAAAGCUCAUGCAGUUACCCACACCAAGGUUAAACCGUACCGCUGUGACCAGUAUGGGAAAGGCUUCAACAACACUGGAGUCGCUCACCAAUUUGACGACGCUGGAGACAGACCCUACAGAUGUGACGAGCAUAAUGAGACUUUUACAACUUUGGGUUGCCUAAAACAACACCAGCAGAUCCACACCAGAAAGAAAACAUUCAAGCAGGGUCACAGAAAGCAGAACGACACAGAUAUGCACACUGGACACAAACUGAAUGCCUGCCAAGAAGACUUCCCCAUGCCGGGUUCAGUACAAGGUCCUGAAGUCGUCCACAAACUUAAAGUCCUUGAGAUCAGGCUCCACAGAAUUCAGUAAAGAAUGAGUGACCAAGGACGAAAGAAGUGAGAGAGGCCACCAAGACACCUAAUAAUCCUCUGAAGGAGUUCCAAGCUUCAGCAGCUGAGAUGGGAGAGACUGUUCAAACAACAACCGUUGUCUGUUCUUCACCAGUCAAAGCUUUAUGGGAAGCAAAGAGAAAGACUCUGUCGAGAAAAGUUCUUAUUAAAUCUGGACUAGUGUUCAACAGAAGACAUGUGGAGACUCUGAAGUCAACGGAAGAAGGUUCUUUGAUUUGAUUUUCUCUUCAUACUUUGGUGCACUGCUGUAGGGAGCAAGCUGAAAAUCCUGGUUUGAGCUUAAACACCAUGAACUUAAAAAAAAACAACUAAAUUGUAGCUUAUGCACUGUUAAGUGUUGUCUUGUUCGAUUGUUUUAAAUGCUCAUUCACUAAAUUUUACUUCAGUUGCUUGAUUUAAACCCACAUCCAUGAGUUCUUUAGCACAGUAUAUGAAAUGGUCUAUCAAACAACCAACCAAUUCACCAAACAACCAACAGACCAAUCAGCCAACUGACCGACCAACAAAACAAACAGAUUAAGCAAACAACCAACGAACCAAAACAAGCCAAUAGACCAAACAAACAAGCAAACAACAGACCAAACAACCAAUUGACCGACCAACCAACAGACCAAAGAAAUGAGCAAACAACAGAACAAACAGGCCAAGCAAACAACCAGUAAUUCGUUAAUACAAAUUCGUGAUAAUCAACUCUGAACCCUUCAGAUUCAUCUUUUAUGAAAUGUAGUAAAAUAGUUAAAAGUCGCUCUCUCAACCACCUGCAAUGACAAAACUAACAAACAAUAAUAUGCCACACGGGCUGUUUCUUCUUUGAUAAUGGAUCAGACUACUUCUUCCAUCACUGUGCAUUGGUGUCUUUUCCAAACAUAUGUAAAAAUGAAUAAAUCCAAAACAACAUCAGCAUGAAACCAAA